UAUACUAGACUUAAAGACCUUAUCGACGAGCGUAGUAUCUUGCCUGAAGACAUAUACAAUAUGGAUGAAACAGGCUGCUGUAUUGGUGUUGCAAAAGAGCAAUACUCAUACACCAAAAAUGGACGUACGGUCUUUAUCCACAACGCCAACAAUCGCGAGCUUAU